UUUGAGAAUGUUUCAUCGUGCGACUUAUGUACAUGCAGAAUUUCAUAUAAAAUAUUGAACGUUUGUCGAUUUUAGUUCAAUAAAACUAUAAUGUUCGACUUGUAAAUGAUUUCUUCAAUUCGGAUUAAUAUAUAUUUUACUCGGAUUACAGUGCAUUAUUAAUUUAUGAGUAGUAACAAACAAAAUUAAGUAAAAAUGGAUGUCGAUACGGAUGGGAGAAGAUCUAGAUCACGCAGCAGAUCAGUAGCUUUAGACUCAAAAAUGUCCCAUGAUGGUUCAGUACGAUCAAAGUCAGGCUCAAGAUCUCGCAGUCGGUCAAGAUCACGUUCAAGAUCUCGGUCUAAAUCCUCAUCUCGUUCAAGAAGCAGGUCCGCAGCUUCCUCUCGUUCUCGUUCUGGUUCCCCCAAGUCUGGCAGAUCGAGAAGUGGCUCUCGAUCUAGAAGUGGAUCACCUAAGUCAAUCAGGUCAAGAAGUGGUUCCGCUAGAUCGAGAAGUGGUUCACCAAGGAAAUCAAGAUCUAGAAGUGGUUCGCCUAGGAAAUCAAGAUCUAGAAGUGGUUCACCGAGGAAAUCGAGGUCACGAAGUGGUUCACCGGAUAAAUCGAGAUCUAGAAGUGGUUCACCGAGGAAAUCAAGGUCAAGGAGUGGAUCAGUAAGGAAAUCGAGAUCACGGAGUGGUUCGGCUGCAUCUAAAGCAAGGUCGAGAAGUGGAUCAUUAGCCAAAUCGCGGUCUCGUAGUGGAUCUAGAGCUAAGUCACAUUCCCGAAGUAGAUCACGGGGAAAAUCUAGAUCUAGGUCCAGAAGCCGUUCGAUGAGCGGGUCACCUGCGAGAUCUAGAUUUAGAAGUGGAUCCAUUAGAAAAUCAAGAUCUCGUAGUAGAUCUGCUAAGAAUUCUAAAUCAAGAAGUAGAUCACCUAGAAAAUCUAGAUCUAGAAGUGGCUCGGCAAGAUCUCGUUCUCGGAGUGGUUCGAGAGCGAAGUCUGCCUCAGCAUCGCCUAGAAAAUCGAGAUCGAAAAGUCGGUCUCCAAAAGCAAAUAAAAAGACUUCGCCACGCAAAUCAAGGUCCCGUAGCGGUUCGGCGAAAUCUUCUAAAAGUAAAUCGCCGGAAACAAGAGAAAAAAGUAAGUCUGUCGAAGGAAUGGACGUAGAUGACGAAGAUGGUAAAAAGCGUCACUCGCCUGCCGGUUCCCCGGCGAGACGUUCCCGUUCAAAGUCACGAUCGCGCUCGAGAUCUAGACCAAAAUCAGCUGCGCGUCGGUCCGGCUCCAGGUCCAAGUCCCGCUCGCGCUCCGGUUCCAGGUCCAAGUCCCGGUCCAGGUCUCGCUCGAGGUCCAAGUCGCGCUCGCGCUCGAAGUCGCGUUCCAGAUCCGGAUCUCGAUCGCGUUCCGGUUCUGCCAAAUCCGGAUCGAGAUCCCGCUCGCGCUCCGGCUCCGGCUCCCCGUCCCACCAAGAUGGCAAGCGGAGGCGCGCCGUGCGGCUGCCGUCCGACGACGAGGCCGACGCGGCGCCGAGCGCGCCCGCCGCCGACGCGCGCCCGCCCGCCGACUCCUCCGACGACGAGCUGGCGCCUGACUCCAAGAGCGCGGAGUCGAUGGGCGGCAUGUCGGACUUCGAGGCGAUGCUGGCGCGCAAGCGGGAGGAGCGGCGCGGGCGGCGGCGGCGGCGCGACAUCGACAUCAUCAACGACAACGACGACCUCAUCGCGCAGCUGCUGCAGCAGAUGCGGCAGGCGGCCGACGACGACCGCGAGCUGAACCGCCGCAACCAGCCCGCCGUGCGCAAGGUGUCGCUGCUCAAGCGCGCCAUGUCGCAGCUCAUCAAGCGCGACCUGCAGCUGGCCUUCCUGGAGCACAACGUGCUCAACGUGCUCUGCGACUGGCUGGCGCCGAUGCCCAACCGCGCCCUGCCCUGCCUGCUCAUCCGCGAGAGCGUGCUCAAGCUGCUGAUGGACUUCCCUUCGAUCGACAAGUCUCUGCUGAAGCAGUCCGGUAUCGGAAAAGCGGUGAUGUACCUGUACAAGCAUCCCAAGGAGACGAAGGCGAACAAGGAGCGCGCCGGCCGCCUCAUCUCGGAGUGGGCUCGACCGAUCUUCAACCUCUCUACUGAUUUCAAAGCGAUGACUCGCGAGGAGCGCCAGGCGCGGGACGAGGCCAUGGCGGGCGACCGGCGCCGCGAGGACGCGGGACCGAGCCACAAGCGCGCGCGGGACGACGAGCGGCCGCUGCGGCCGGGCGACCCGGGCUGGGUGUCCCGCGCGCGCGUGCCGGCGCCCUCCAACAAGGACUACGUCGUGCGCCCCAAGUCCACCUGCGAGGUCGACAUGUCGCGCAUGAGCAAGAAGAAGAUGACUCGCUACGAGAAGCAGAUGAAGAAGUUCCUGGACCAGAAGCGAAUGAAAGGCGGCACCAGACGCGCCGUCGAAAUUUCGAUCGAGGGCCGGAAGAUGGCGCUCUAGAGAGAUCGUCCGUGACUGUGUGUCGUCGAUGAAUGUGACUAUUGAAGUUAGGGAUUCCGUGCCGCCCGCUCCGUGUCGGUGUCGGUGCGUGUCGACGUCGGGCGGACGAGUCGGUAUAUUUGUAUGAUGAGCUUAGUACGUCGCACGAGUAUCACGCCGAGUGCUGUCACUCGCGAGGUUUCGUUGUGAUGUUGUGUAAGUUAAUGUAAUUGAAAUAAAGUGGACUGUGACUGCUAA